UUCCCCCAGAUGUGUGUAUAUACACACACACACACACACACACACACACACACUCAUUUGCUUUACACGUAUAUCUUUUUUUUUUUUUCUCAGUGGAUAAUUGCGUCAUGUAAAGUCCUAUUCCAAAACGUCGACUCUUUUCACAAGGCUGUCAUUUCAUCCUGGACCUAACUAUUUAAACAUACAUUAAGGUGAUUCGUAAAUAAGGCAUUACUGAGUUUAUUUCAGUUUAUUCCUCGAUGAUCACAAAUAACAGGCUCUCGUUUACAAAUCAUCGAGUUGCUAAUUGGAUUGUUUCAGGGACAAGGAUAGAUUUUGUACAAUACUUUUUUGAUGGAGAUUGACGCUCAUUCACUCCUUUUUUGUUGCUGACUUUUUAACCCCUUGCUAGUCACGCUGGACUGCUUGAUGUGACAGAAUAUUGUUUUAUGGACACAAAAGACAAGAAAAAAAAAGAACCCAGUUGAAGAAGCAAGAUAAUGACACACCACUUUUUAACUGGUGUGUGCGACUCACUUUACAUUAUGAAAUGUGUCGGAAUUCACUGUGGUGUGCAGUUAGAAUGGAAAGAAUGAAGACUCUAAGUCCCCAGUGGAGGCAUGAUAUAGCAGUGUGGUGCUGUUGCUGAACUGCUUUCUCUGAUGGCUCUAUGGGAGUGGAUAACAUUAAGCCUCCAUUGCUGGGUUUUAGCUGCUGCCUUGGUUUCAGAUCAGCAUGCAAGCGGCCCCCUCGACUGGCUCCUUUCAGACAAGGGACCCUUCCAUCGUUCGCAGGAAUACACUGAUUUUGUUGAAAGGAACCGGCAGGGAUUCACUACCAGAUACAAGAUAUAUAGAGAAUUUGGUCGCUGGAAGAUAAAUAACCUAGCAUUUGAAAGAAGAGAUUCCUUUGGCUCAGCUUUACCCCUUACCCCUGAAUUCAUCAGGAACAUCAGACUGUUGGGACGCAGACCAAGCCUUCAACUGAUAACUGAAAAUCUUAUCAAGAAAUACGGGACCCAUUUCUUACUGUCGGGGACAUUGGGAGGAGAAGAGGCAUUGACCAUAUUUGUGGACCAGCGGAAACUGAGCAAAAAGUUGGAUGUGAGCGACUACAUCACGAAUAGCUCUUCAGUCUCACUGGAAACUCUUCAUCAGCUAGCUGCCUCUUACUUCAUUGACAGGGAGAGCACACUUCGCAAGCUGCACCACAUUCAGAUUGCCUCAACAGCUAUCAAGGUAACUGAAACUCGUACUGGUCCCCUUGGAUGCAGUAACUAUGACAACCUUGAUUCUGUUAGCUCUGUUCUGGUUCAGAGUCCUGAAAACAAAGUCCAUUUGCAAGGUCUGCAGGUCAUUCUCCCAGACUAUCUGAAGGGACGUUUUGUGCAAGCUGCUCUCAGUUACAUUGCCUGUAACACAGAAGGUGGAUUUAUCUGUAAGGGCAACGACUGCUGGUGCCGGUGUGACCAGAGCUUCCCAGAAUGCAACUGUCCUUACAUGGACAUUCAAGCAAUGGAGGAAAGCUUGAUUCGAAUAAGUGAGGCUUGGACCACCCUCUACAAGGAGUUUGAAGAUGCAGAUGAGUUUAAAAUGUUUCUGAAAAGACUACCACAGAACUAUUUUCUGAACGUUUCAACGUUACAACACCUAUGGUCAAUGGACUCUGGCUUUCAGCGGCGGUAUGAUCUGCUUGAAAACAGCAUGAAAUCUCUCUACAGUAAGGCACAAAAAGUUGUCUACAAGCUCUUCGCUCUUAGUAAAAGGUGUCAGAAACAGCCCCAAGUCGCUCUUACAAGACAGAGACCGCUGACCUAUUGGUUGAGAUACAUUCAAUCAUUGCUUUACUGCACAGAGAACAACCAAGAGGGGUCAUUUUCUGAAGAAACUCACAGCUGCCUUUGUGCCUAUGAUCACAGUUCCUGCCAAGUGACCAUUCCAUGUGCAAUAGGAGAAGGGCAAGGCUGUGCAGCCUGUGCUUCUGACAACCACACCCGCUGUGGGAACUGCAACCCUGGGUAUAUGCUGAGCCAGGGGACCUGUAAACCUGAGGUGGCUGACUCGACAGAGAACUACCUUGCAUUCGAGACAGACCUGCAGGAUCUUGAAUUGAAAUACCUCUUGCAAAAAACCGACAGAAGACUUGAGGUCCAUGCCAUCUUUAUCAGCAACGACAUGCGCCUCAACAGCUGGUUUGACCCUUCAUGGCGGAAACGCAUGCUCCUCACCCUCAAGAGCAACAAGUACAAGUCCAACCUUGUCCACAUGCUGCUGGGUAUAUCCAUUCAGAUUUGUCUCACAAAAAACAGUACUCUAGAGCCUGUGCUCGCUUUAUAUGUCAACCCUUUUGGAGGCAGUCACUCCGAGAGUUGGUUUAUGCCUGUUAAUGAGAACAGUUUUCCUGAUUGGGAACGGACUAAGAUUGAACCUCCCCUGGAGUGUUACAACUGGACCUUAACUCUAGGGAACAAGUGGAAAACGUUUUUUGAGACUGUUCACAUCUACUUGAGGAGUCGUAUCAAGGAACCUGGUGUUAAUGGCAAUGACAGCAUUUAUUAUGAACCUCUGGACUUUAUGGAUUCAUCAAGGAAUUUGGGCUACAUGAAAAUAAACAGCAUCCAGGUGUUUGGGUACAGCAUGCCCUUUGAUCCAGAAGCUAUUCGAGAUCUGAUUUUACAACUUGAUUACCCCUAUACUCAGGGAUCGCAGGAUUCUGCUUUGUUACAGCUGCUGGAGAUUCGAGACCGUGUAAAUAGACUGUCACCCCCUGGUCAGCAGAGCUUGGACCUCUUCUCUUGCCUGCUUCGUCACCGACUGAAACUGGCCACCAGUGAGGUGGUGCGAAUCCACUCCUCUUUGCAGUCUUUCAGUGCCAGAUUGCCGAACUCUAUGAAUUACGAAACAACAAAAUUGUGUGGUUAACCUGACAGCUGAAGCCCGAUGUAAGAAACAUGAUGUCAGUAAAUGGAGACGGUUCCAACUUAUAUGUGAAAAGUGUUUGAGGAGAUCUGUACUAUAUGUGUGCAAACUAAUCAAAAAAAAAAAAACUUUUACCAACCUGUAAAAGACGUAUACAAAUAGUCCAAAUAACACCACUAAAUAUAGUGCUAAGUAAUUAAAAAAUAGAGACCAAACAACAGUAACUUCCAAUUUUAAAUACAUUUGUUUGUACUUUUUAUAUGUUCUGUUGCAACCAUGAUGAUAUGCUUUCCAUCAUAGGU